AUGCAGCCUUUGGGGCGCGGUCUGGCCGAGCCCCUUCCGGAUUUCCCUGUACAGCUCCCGGCGGCUGUCCCUCUGGGUACAGAACCGCUGUUCCCGGCCUUUCCCGGUUUGAACCUCUCUCUUCAAACCCCUGUUUCCACUGACCCGGUUCCUCAGCCGGCGGUUUCGGGCCACUCUCCCCCGUCUUCCGGUCAAGACACUAGCGCCAUUCGCUCGGUCAUUCCAGCCCCGGAUGCCGAGCCUCAAAUGGUCGCUGAGGCAUCGGCGCUGCUUCCUCCUUCCUCUUCAGAUGAAGAACCGGCCGAGCGUGCCGUUCCGCCAUCUGACCCGGUCACUUCUCUAUUUUUGCACAAUUAUCGCAGCAACGUGGUUCAUGCAGCCGUGCGGGUUGAGGCCCACGCCGCGCGCGGCCUGGAGGUCUCUGAUCCGUCUGGGUCCGGCACCCUUUGGGUUCGCCCCGCCUGCGGCUCCCAGACUCACCAGUUGGCUCCGGACUCUUUGUGCAACUCGGUUCCACCGGGCACUACGCUGUGUCUUCGAACCGCGUGUCUCACCCGUUUCUCCACGGUACCCCAGUUUUGGCUCCAGAGCUUUGCGGGUAAAAGUCGCCCGGUGGUCUAUCCAAUCCGACGUCGUUUUCCUUGCUUGCUCUUAGCCUUGCUUGUUUCCCGCAGCCGUUUCGGUUCCCUUCUCCCCCUGGUGUCGGCAGGAGGUCUGGAUCUGGACUUGCUACGACGCCUGGCCACUUUGGAACAACGAGUCAGGGAUGUGGAGUCUGGUCUGGAUGCCGCUCGCACGGAAAUCACGGAGGACCAGAACGUCACCCGCCACUUCCGGGCUUCAGUUGGGAACCUCAUUGAACGCUCCAACGCGCUCAUGAAUGAAUAUACCUUCAUGCAGCGCUCUCGUUCGGCCUUCUUGUUGGCCUUCCGCACGGCUCUCACAGCUGUCAUAGAUGUGCUGCGCACAUUUCGUGACACAGCGGUAUGA